UAGCAGCCCGCGGACCUGGGGCUGGGGGGACUCAGCAGCAGUAACAGCAGCGCCGGGAUCUGGGGGCUGCGGGCAAUGCUCGGGAGCCAGAUUUGGGCACCUACAGCCUUUGAUUCCAGAUGUAAUGAAUGAAUGAGAGGGAUCUUUCGACUGCUCCGAUGACCAGCAGGUGUGGCUGUCAUAAUAACAUGUCACGUUGGCUGGACUGCUAUGGAAUAUGAUGAGAAGCUGGCACGCUUUCGACAAGGCCACCUCAACCCCUUCAACAAGCAGCUGCCUGGCGGGCAGCAUGAACAGAGGGCUGACAAGGAGCCUGAGGACCUGUCUCCUGAAGAUUCACCGCUGGAUCCGCCCCAUCAGGAACCAGAGUUCAGGUGUACUGAACGCAUGAUGGACCUGGGCUUGGCUGAGGACCACUUUUCUCGUCCUGUGGGGCUAUUCCUGGCUUCAGACAUUGAGCAGCUUCGACAAGCCAUCGAGGAGUGCAAGCAGGUGAUCUUGGAGCUGCCGGAGCAUUCUGAGAAGCAGAAGGAUGCUGUUGUGAGGCUGAUCCACCUCAGGCUAAAGCUCCAGGAGCUGAAGGAUCCAAAUGAAGAUGAACCCAAUAUCCGUGUCCUCCUUGAGCACCGGUUCUACAAGGAAAAGAGCAAAAGUGUCAAGCAGAGUUGUGACAAAUGUAGCACCAUCAUCUGGGGCCUGAUCCAGACGUGGUAUACCUGCACAGGUUGCUACUAUCGAUGUCAUAGCAAGUGCCUGAACCUCAUCUCCAAGCCCUGUGUCCGCUCGAAGGUCAGUCACCAGGCAGAGUACGAGCUGAACAUUUGUCCAGAGACUGGCCUAGAUAGUCAAGAUUAUCGCUGUGCUGAAUGCCGGGCACCAGUGUCUCUUCGAGGUGUGCCUAGUGAAGCUCGGCAGUGUGACUACACUGGUCAGUAUUACUGCAGUAACUGCCACUGGAAUGACCUGGCCGUCAUUCCUGCCCGAGUCAUUCACAACUGGGACUUUGAGCCUCGAAAGGUAUCUCGAUGCAGCAUGCGCUAUCUCACACUGAUGGUGUCCAGGCCAGUGCUCAAACUACGGGAGAUCAACCCGCUCUUAUUCAACUAUGUGGAGGAGCUGGUGGAGAUCCGGAAACUGCGGCAGGAUAUCCUGCUCAUGAAGCCAUAUUUCAUUACUUGUAAAGAGGCCAUGGAAGCUCGUCUACUAUUACAGCUCCAGGACCGGCAGCACUUUGUGGAGAACGAUGAGAUGUAUUCCCUGCAGGACCUAGUGGACAUCAACAUUGGCCGCCUCAGCUGCUCUCUGACAGAGAUCCAUACUCUCUUCGCCAAACACAUCAAGCUAGACUGUGAGCGGUGUCAAGCCAAAGGCUUUGUAUGUGAACUCUGCAAAGAGGGUGAUGUACUUUUCCCCUUCGACAGCCACACAUCAGUAUGCACAGACUGCUCUGCUGUCUUUCACAGGGAUUGCUACUAUGACAACUCAACCACGUGCCCCAAAUGUGCCCGGCUGAACUUGCGGAAACAGUCCCUCUUCCAGGAGCCCAGUCCAGAAGCUGAGGCCUAGAAUGCUGGCACUCCUGCCCCAGUGCCCUGCCAACACACCAGCCACUGCCAGCACCAAAGACAAGGUGUCGCGAUAUUAAGGAGACUCCCUAGUGAUUCAGGGAGCCACUAUGCUGCUGGCUCUUCUCCCUCCUGUGGGGCUGAAGACGUGAAUCGAAACAAGGACAGGCAUGCAAGAGCACAGAGGACAGGGCUCUUUUGGAAUGAAGAAAUGAGGGUGAUUCUUGGGUACCAUGUUGUACAGCUGAUGUCAUGCCAGUUAUUAGGCAGGGCUAUGGUAUGAGGUGGUCUAACUGGGCAGAAGCAUCUACAUUAAUCUCAGCCACUGUGUUGGUGGGAAUGGGGUGUGGGGAGGGUGUCCUCAUCUCCCCAAGGAAGCAGAGCCCAGGGGACCCAGGAUGCAGUGACCAGGGACCUAUUUGGUUUCUUUUCCUGCUUGGUGUGUGGACAGCUGUGUGUAGACCAAGCUCUGCCCCUGGAAUGGCAGGGAAGCAAGUUAGCUACCAGCAUGGACACUGGGAAGGUAAUCAAUAAUACCCAAUGAAUAUGGGCUAAUCAGACCGUCGAACCUUGAGGUUGUGAGGAACUUCUUUCCUGAGAUUGUCCAUGGUUCCCUGAAAGGAAGGGGUUUUAUCUAGUAUCCCUCUCACCACCUCCCUCCCUGGGACCUCUAGCCUUUUGGAGGCUGCUAGUUUUAUUGGCUAAGGCUGUUAAUUAUCACCUAGUAUUGCCCUGCUCCCCAUGUCCUUGCUAGAGUCACCUGGCCAAGUGGGAAAUUUCCUUCUUAUUCUUCUAAGUCCUUUCUCAAGGGAAGGGGAAGCCCUACAGGGCCAAUAGGCACUGCCUGUCUUAUAUUUUUGCUUAUUUCAUCUAGCCCUUCUUGCCUCUGCCCAUACCUCUGCCAAGGGCAGAGGAAAUAGGUGCUUCUCUUGCUGGGUGGCCUGACAACUAUUCUUCCUUCUUUGGCUCAGUUUAACUUGUGUCUUUGGUUCCCGGCUAGGCCACCGUAUGGGCUAGAGAAGAGCAGCACCCUGAGAAGGGGUGCCUUGGACCCCAGACGAUAUAAGUGCUGGGAGCUGCUCUGUGUACUGUGUGAAGCCUGACAAAAAGUUUGUUAGGGGAGAAAGAGAGAUGGAACACUCUUUCCAAAAGGCAAGCUUCACGUUUCUCUGGACCAAAUUGCCAGCCAGGAACCUUGUUUUUGCCAGUCUUGUUCCCCAUGGAGGAAGACUCUGGGGCUGGGGAAACCAGGGUUGUAAAUCACAAGGCCUUUCCUGAAUAUUUGGCACUUGUCUUUUUGUUUACAUGUAGAGCUGGGACAUGCCGGUCCCACUUCUAGCCUCACAGAAUGCCCGAGUCUGGGAGCAAGCUGCUUUAUUCCCUUCCACAAAAGAUAAGUGGGGACGAGACAAGGUGGAGGAUGGGGAUGGAAAAUUUCAAUAAGAAACAUUUGUAUUUGGUAGCCAUUUUUCAUUGUGGAAUUAGAGGCUUUAUCUGUUCUAAGACCUUCAUCUCUCAUCCUUCCUCUUCACCAGGCUUUCUCAUUCCUUGAACCUGGGGCACAGGGAGGGCACAUACUGUGUUAUUUGUUCUAUCUGUAGAAAAGCCUCUGAUGGAGACCAUAGCUGAGUUUCUGAUCCCUCCAGUAAGGGGGAGGGUCCCAAAUACUUGGAGGAGGAAGAAAACUAGUGUGUCUUGAAAAGGAGAGCCAUACCCUACUCCAGUAGUUCAGUCCCUGAACACCCCCAUUAUAUCACUGAUAGGAAAGUAUCAACUUUUAUAUCAGAGAGGGAAAUAUCUGGGUCAAAGGAGGAACAUGGAACAAAGAUCUCCAGGUUUCUGUGGUAUCCUCUAGCUAUAGUGAACUGGGUUGGAGUAGCAUGUGGAAUAUCUGCAUCUGGCUAUAGUUUGUUUGUCUAGGCCUGGUAUUUUCAUAACGUUUGCUCCCCUUUUCCUUCUCUGCAUACAUUACCGUGUUUGAGCUGGCCUUGUGCUUUGGUUCUCGAUUGCAUAUGGUACAUAAAGUCAGAAAAAUAGCUGUAGGACAGGAUGGUUCCCUUCUGACAUCCAUCUCCCUCCCUGAUGAGAGUAGAAGAGGGGAUGUUUUGUGUAGGCAGAGGGCAAGGUGGCUCCUUGGCCCAAACUGCAAAUUGGACAAAAGGAUCAUGGCCCAGCUAAGUCUCUGAAUCUCAAUGAACCCUCCUCCAUUUACACUCUAUUCCCUGCUGGGGCAUGUCAUGGCAGGAACACAGAGUUAUGUUCAUCUGCUCAAAUUCUGUGGCUUUGGGCAGGUCACUUCACCCGUAUGUCUCAAUUUGCCCCAUCUGGAAAAUGGGGAUAGUAAUACUGACCUACCUCAUGGUGGGACUGUGAGAAAGUUAAUGUUGGUAAAGCACUUUAGCAGACUAAUCGUGCAAUGUGAGUGCUAAAUGUUAUUUUAUUGGACCUCAUUCUUCCCUAUCCUCUUUUGUAAUAGAAAAGGGGGAGGAAGAAUCAGCUGACUACUUUAAAAUGCCCCUUGAUCUUUUCUCCAUUCCCAAAUCCCCACAAUUGUUUUCUAUAUGACACUUCUGAUCACUGAAUUUGAUUUCUGAUUUACUGUGCAAUUAGGGUCAUGUAUGUUACUGGGAUUCUCCUAACAUGUAAGAAGUAGAAAAAGAUUACCACCCCCCCAAAAAAAAACCACUUUGCACAAAAAUAUCAAUAGGUUAGCAACUAUUGGAAAGAGUUUACUCUCUUUCCUCAAAAACCUUGCCUCCUUUGCUAUUCCUCCUGGUGGAAUAAGCCCUACUUUCGACAUAGAUCAAGGGGCCCAUAAGUAGAAUACUUUCUUUGAUUUUCCCCAGUGUCCCAAAGACUAUAUUUACAAAGGAAAAAAUAAGCAAGGGGCCAAUUAGUAUAUGUAACAGACACUGCAUUACACUGUGCUCUCUGUAGGCAGAUGGGAAAUGCCUCCAAGGAAAACAAAGGGGGUUAGGCCUUGUGGCAGUAUCUGCCUUUGGUAAGCACAAAGCCAGACUGCUCUAUGCCAAGCAAAGUGCCCAAACACUUGCCUGAGAAAUGGAUUCAGCAGUUGUAUUGAUUAUCCAAAUUACUGUAUUAUUAAAUAAUUUUAAAGUGUA